GGAAGAAAUGGCACAGACUAUUGUUCCUAGCUAUGGAACAACGCCAGACCAGCAAAAACUUCAUACUUCAGAGUGGGCAGAGUUUGAUCAAAAACCUGACUCCUUGUUCUUUAACGACGGCCAGCGAAGAAUUGACUUUGUUUUGGUGUAUGAAGAUGAGAGCAAAAAUGAGAAUCGCAAGAUGAGUGUGAAUAAAAAGCAAAUGAGGAAGAGGCAAGCAUAUGAGUCUAAUCUGAUAAGCAAUGGCUUGCAACUUGAAGCAACAAGAUCAGUCUUAGAUGAAAAGCUUAUUUUUGUAAAAGUGCACGCACCUUGGGAAGUGCUAUGCACAUAUGCCGAAGUUAUGCACAUCAAAUUGCCUCUGAAGCCCAAUGACCUGAAAACCCGAGAUUCAGCUUUCAACUGGUUUAGUAGACUCCUCCGAGUGGAUGAAAAUAUCAUCAAACCAGAGCAAGAGUUUUUCACUGCCCCAUUUGAAAAGGCUCGUAUGUCUGAUUUUUAUAUUCAAGACAAAGACAUCUUCUUCAACCCUGCAACCAGAAGCCGAAUUGUUCAUUUUAUUCUUUCCCGUGUGGAAUAUGCAGUAAAAGACAAUGUGAAAAAGUUUGGUAUUAACAAACUCCUGGACUCGGGGAUCUACAAGGCAGCAUUUCCUCUUCACGAUUCUAGAUUCAAUCGCCGGUUAGAGGACCCCAACUGCCCUAGUGAACGGUAUCUUCUUUACAAGGAAUGGGCUCACCCUCGAAGUUUUUACAAACUGCAGCCAUUGGAUCUUGUCAGGAAAUAUUAUGGAGAGAAAAUUGGAAUAUAUUUUGCUUGGCUUGGUUUUUACACUCACAUGCUGGUCAUGGCAGCAGUAGUAGGACUUGCCUGUUUUUUGUAUGGCUACGUAACAAAGGACAACUGCACAUGGAGCCAAGAAGUGUGUGAUCCCAACAUCGGCGGCAACAUCAUAAUGUGCCCGCAGUGUGAUCAUGAAUGUACAUACUGGAACCUCACUAUCACCUGUGAAUCCUCUAAGAAACUGUGUAUAUUCGAUAGCUUCGGAACACUAGUAUUUGCAGUAUUUAUGGGAAUAUGGGUUACUUUGUUUCUGGAGUUUUGGAAGCGACGUCAGGCUGAACUGGAAUAUGAAUGGGACACUGUUGAAUUUUUAGAGCAGGAAGAAUAUAUACGUCCAGAAUACGAAGCACGAUGCACUCAUGUAGUAACAAAUGAAAUCACACAGCAAGAAGAACACGUGCCAUACACUGCCUGUGGAAAGUGUGUACGGAUGACCUUCGGUAUAAGUGCAGUCUUAUUCUGGCUGCCACGGCACAUUAAUGGAACAGAAGCAAUUCAGAAGUACCUGACUCCCCAGGCAGCCACUUCAGUAACUGCUUCAAUCAUCAGUUUUAUAAUCAUCAUGAUUCUGAACAUCAUCUAUGAAAAAGUGGCAAUCAUGAUUACUGACUUUGAACUACCAAGGACGCAGACUGAUUAUGAAAACAGUCUGACCAUGAAGAUGUUCUUAUUCCAGUUUGUCAACUAUUAUUCUUCAUGUUUCUACAUUGCAUUCUUUAAGGGUAAAUUUGUAGGAUACCCUGGGGACCCAGUUUAUUGGUUAGGAAAAUACAGAAAUGAAGAGUGUGAUCCUGGUGGCUGUCUCCUUGAACUUACAACGCAGCUAACAAUAAUAAUGGGAGGUAAAGCAAUUUGGAAUAACAUUCAAGAAGUUCUUCUUCCCUGGGUUAAGAAUCUAAUUGGAAGAUGUCGCUCAGCUGCCAGAUCAGAAAAGACUAUUCCCCGCUGGGAGCAGGACUACCAUCUGCAACCCGUUGGAAAACUUGGAUUGUUUUAUGAGUAUCUGGAAAUGGUUAUACAGUUUGGAUUUGUCACUUUAUUUGUGGCAUCAUUCCCGCUGGCUCCUCUUCUGGCUCUUGUUAAUAAUUUGUUGGAAAUACGAGUUGACGCCUGGAAGAUUACAACCCAGUUCAGACGCAUGGUGCCACAGAAAGCACAAGAUAUAGGAGCAUGGCAGCCAAUCAUGCAAGGAGUAGCAAUUCUGGCUGUGGUGACCAAUGCAAUGAUAAUUGCAUUUACAUCUGACAUGAUUCCUCGUUUGGUUUAUUACUGGUCCUUUUCAGUCCCUCCCUAUGGGGAUCACAGCAAUUACACCAUGAAGGGGUAUAUCAACAAUACGCUUUCUGUCUUCAAUAUAGCGGACUUCAAAAAUGGAAGCAAACCAGUUUCACUUCCUUGGCUUGGCAACCAAACAACGUGCAGAUAUCGUGAUUUCCGAUACCCUCCUGGGCACCAACAUCAGUAUGAACACAACAUAUAUUACUGGCAUGUGAUUGCAGCCAAGUUGUCUUUCAUCAUUGUCAUGGAGCAUGUCAUAUACUGUGUGAAGUUUAUUGUUUCAUACGUAAUUCCGGAUGUAUCACAAAAGACGAAGAGCAAGAUCAAACGAGAGAAAUACUUAACACAGACACUCCUGCAUGAGAAUCAUCUCAAAGUUAUGAAAAAAAAUAUGGGGAAAAUAGCUGACAGAAUCUGGAAAGGAGAAGAUGGCACUUUCCGACCUAAAUUUGACUAAGAAUUUUACACACAGACAGUACUUAACCGGCUCAGUACAGGUUACUAAUGGUUAAUCAAAAUGUUACUAAUGGCUAAUCAAAAGUUGGGGAUUAACUCCCUUUAGCAAAUAGUGUCUUGUAACUCUUGGCUAUGUCUGGAACAUCAUUGGCUAUAGAGGCAAGGACUGGAAAAUAGAAAACCUUGAGAUCCAGUAUAACCUGGAAAAACUUAAAUGACGAAUUUAAUAGUUUUAGCCGGACAGAAAAUAAGUCAUCUGGUUUUCUCUAAACUGUUGCCUUGUAAGAAGGGGCAGAUUCAUUCUGAAAUGCAGCACAGUGCCUUCCACUUCAUUCAGCCAUUGGUUAUUACAUCUGCUGUUCAAUUUGCACAAAACCUCAGAAACCAAAUCAUUUGUAUUAAAAACAACACAGCUGCCAUUAGGGUGACCAGGUGUCCCAAUUUUAUA